AUGACCGACACCGCUGCUGAACCUUUAAUCCCCAGUACCCGCCACGAGUUCCCUCCCAACACGCGCAACCCAUACACCCGCGACAACGAUGACGACACCGAGCCACACGACGACGAUGGCGACGACGACGAAGUCGACGAGUCUGCCCUGGUUUCCCCCGGCCUCUUCAUCUGGAUCCUAACCAUUUGUGCCGGCGUCAGCGGUCUGCUAUUUGGCUACGAUACCGGCGUCAUAUCCUCGACCCUCGUCUCCAUCGGCACCGAUCUGUCCUCCCGCACGCUCACCACCCUCGAUAAAAGCCUCAUCACAUCGUGUACGUCGUUCUUCGCGCUGCUGGCCUCGCCGCUUACGGGCGUGCUGGCGGAUUCGUACGGGCGCCGGACGGUGAUUUUCGUGGCAGACGUGCUGUUUGUCCUUGGUGCGCUAUGUCAGGCUUGGACGAGUAGUGUGAGCGGGAUGAUUGUCGGUAGGUCGGUUGUCGGGGCUGCGGUGGGGAGCGCGUCGUUUGUUGUACCGCUGUAUAUUUCGGAGCUGAGUCCGAGUCCAUUUCGGGGCCGGUUGGUGGUUGUGAGUAGUUUGUUUGUGACGGGUGGGCAGGUCGUGGCGUAUGUUGUUGGAUGGCUUUUUUCGCAGCGGGUGCAUGGGUGGAGGUGGAUGGUUGGGCUCGGAGCGUUGCCGGCGGCUGUGCAGUUUGUUAUGUUGUUCUUUUUGCCAGAGACGCCGAGGUAUUUGGUCAAGGCUGGGAGGGCGCAGCAGGCGAGGGCGGUGCUGGGGAGGGUGUAUAAGAGUGAGGAGGGUGGAGCUAAGUUGGUGGGUGCUGUGCUGAGGCGUGUGGAGAGGGAGAUUGAAGAAGAGGAAGAUGCGGCUGGUCUGCGGGGUAUGCCUGAGUCUGCGAAGUCUGGCUGGAGAGCAAAAGUAGAAAGAGCGCAAGACAACUUGUCUCAGCUGAUUGUCAUUGGAGGAAACAGAAGAGCAUUGAUCAUUGCUUGCAUGCUCCAAGGCUUCCAACAACUAUGCGGUUUCAACUCCCUUAUGUACUUCUCCGCCACGAUUUUCCGCAUGGUAGGCUUCUCCUCCCCAACCCUAACCUCGCUCUCCAUCGCCCUCACAAACUUCCUCUUCACCCUCGUCGCCUUCCACUUCAUCGACCGCAUCGGCCGUCGCCGUAUCCUCCUCUACUCCGUCGCAAUCAUGAUCCUAGGCCUCAUCAUCUGCGCUAUAGCAUUCGUUUACGUCGAUCUGCCUGCUGCUGCAGAAGAUAAAGUUUUGAUCGACGAUGCAGCAACGAAGACGUGGCCUCUGAUCAUCCUUGUAUCCAUGAUUACGUAUGUGGCCGGUUACGCAAUUGGAAUGGGAAAUGUGCCAUGGCAGCAAUCCGAACUUUUUCCUUUAUCCGUACGUUCGUUGGGAUCGGGCAUUUCGACUGCGACCAAUUGGGGCUCGAACACCCUAGUUGGUAUUACGUUUUUGCCUAUGGUGCAUUUUUUUAGUCCUGCGGUCACAUUUGCGGUGUAUGCGGUUGUAUGCGGGGCUGCGUGGUGGACGGUCUGGAUGAUUUAUCCUGAGACGGCGGGGUUGGGGCUUGAGGAUGUAGGAGGGUUGUUAAGGGAGGGAUUUGGGGUGAGAGAGAGUGUGAGGGGGUUUGAGGAACGGAAGAGGGAGCGGUGCUAUAGAUGA